CAACCGUAUAGCUGAUAGAAAGUAUUAUUUCUUUCUUUAUAAAAGCCGCAUUGGCGAUACCUUCCAUUACUCUUUGAUAUGGAUUGCUACACUUUGGUGUUAUUGGCAAGUUUAUUGGUGACUACUGGAGCUUGGUCAUCACCGUAUCACGCGGUGAGGCCCAUGCGAGUUACAAGAUAUGCCCCGAUGCCACACAGAAUACCAAUUCCUCCACUUCCAAUGAGGCACCUGAACUGGAAUCGCCCGAAGCGUGGUCAACACCAUGAAGUGGAUCAUGAUUACGACCACGACCACGAUUACGACCGCGAUCAUGAUUACGACCGCGAUCACGACUUUGACGGUCACAAAGGCGUUACUGGUCCCGUACACACAUUUGUGAAAACUGAUAAAAAUGCUAAUUACAAAUGGGGCGUGAGGCAUCAUGUUGGGAAUAAAUACGCUUCUUAACUAGAAGAAUUAACUUUUAUAUUUUAUUUAGUGUUUAUGAGUGAACUGAUUGUUAUGUUAAUUGUAAA